AUGGCACCCCCCUUCCCCUCCGCGACUCGCACAUGGCACUCAACCUCCUAUUCCUCAAUCUCCCCUACACGCCCUGAGCUCUCUGCAAGAGGAAAGACAGUCCUCAUAACCGGUGGUGGCACCGGUAUCGGGGCCGAGACAGCCCGCUCUUUUGCGGCAGCAGGAGCAUCAAAGAUUGCUCUCUUGGGCCGACGCAUUCAGACCCUCCUGGACACCAAGGCAACGAUCGAAAAGGGCUAUGGAGAUAAGGUACAGGUCUUCGUCGCCUCUACGGACUUAACCAAGAAAGACGAAGUCGACAAAGCAUUUGACGAGUUCAUCUCUUCUACUUCCGAGGCCGGUGUCGACGGCCAGAAGAUUGACGUCCUCGUCAGCAACGCCGCAGCAUUAGGCCCCACGGAGGGUGUUGAAGACGUGGACGCCACCGUGUUUCUCGAAGGCGUGAACGCCAAUAUCAGCGGUGCACUACACCUUGCGCAGGCCUUCUCGCGCCAUGCUGCAGACGAUGCGGUAAUCAUUGAUGUCAAUAGCACGUCUGCCUAUAUGGAUUUUGGGGGAAAAGGUGUAGCGUACAGCGUUGCCAAAUGGGCAGUUUAUCGACUGUGGGAGGCUCUGGGUUCCGCCAACUCUGGGUUCAGUGUGUACCACAUACAGCCGGGCGUUGUGGAUACGGAUAUGAAUAGGGCUGUUGGCGGGAUCCAGGCUUUGGGGUACGAGGACCAUGUCUCUCUCCCUGCAAACUUCAACGUUUGGCUUGCGAGUCCCGAGGCCCAAUUUCUGAAGGGGAAGUUCGUAUACACGAACUGGGAUGUUGACGAGCUAAAGGCUCGAGCAGACGAGCUUGCAGCAAGCGCAGAGUUUAGCCUCGGCCAUGUCGGAUGGCCGUUCGACUCCAUUCUGAUUCUUGAUCUCUCAAUCUCACCUCCAGAACAGAAAAUGACGACCCCAAAUUCCUCCAAUGGCCAACCGGUCAAUGUCCUAUUUGUCUGCCUCGGCAACAUCUGCCGCUCCCCCAUGGCAGAAGGCGUCUUCCGCAACAUCGCCGCCAGCCACCCCCUAAUCAAGACCAUCGAUUCCGCCGGUACAGGAGCGUACCACGCCGGCGAGCCCUCGGACUCACGCACAAUGUCUACCCUCCGCCGCCAUAACAUUCGGAACUACCACCACCUCGCCCGCAAAGUUACGCUGGAGGAUUUCCUUAACUUCGAUUACCUGUUCGCCAUGGACGAGUAUAACCUGGAAGACCUGUUAGAGCUGCGCGCAUCUAUUUUGUCGACGUCGACUAAGAACACUGCGCGGGUGGCUCGGGGGAAGGGGACCAGGGCGGCGGUGGCUGCCUCGAUCACUGCGAGUGUUGAGGCUGGUGCGAAAGUUGCGGAGGUGCGUUUGUUUGGCGACUAUGGGCCGGGGGGAACCCUGCAUGAGCGUGUUGGAGGUGGAGAAGUUGUUCAGGAUCCUUACUAUGGUGGGGCGAAUGGCUUCGAGGAAGUCUAUCAGCAGGUGGUGCGGUUCUCGAAGAAUUUCGUCGAGUACCUGGAGAAGAAGAACCAGACUUGA